AUGGCCAAAUCUCAGCCUGCCACGUCUGGACGUUUAUCCAUAGAAACCAAGAUGACAACAACCAAGUUCGAAAAUGCCUCAGUCCCCGGGCGUGGGAGACAGCUUACCGCUGCCCAGGAGCAGAUCCUCAUCCAGCUCUUCCAGGCCAACAGCAAUGACACUCCAGAUCCUGCAAAGCACACGAAGAAGUUUUGGAUACUGCUGUCUCACCUGGUCAGCGAAAGUAUCGGGCGCCAGUACUCGUGGCAGUCCUGCCGUCGUCAUGUGACUCGGCAUCAUGCAGAUCUUGAGAAGAAGUUCAGGGAAUCUGGAGCCCAUGAGGACGGAGUCUCCCCAGAAGAGGCUGUUAAUUUCGCCAAGUUCCCUGCCCCUGCUUCAUGUAUCACUAAGACACAAUCGACCCGACAUCACCAACGCUCUCAGACUCGGUCGCUUUCCCCUCAUGUCCACAUCGAUGAGGGUCAAAAGUACCGCAAGCGAUUGCGUCAGUUCUCUGGAAGCUCGCAGUUCGAGGGUGAACUCCAUUUGGAGGAUUCUGAGUCUUCAGAUCCUGAUUCCACGACGAUUUCACUGCCACCAAUGCCUAGGAGGCCCAUGAAACGGCGCACUGCAGAAGGUCUCGGGGCCGCGACGCCUAGAUCUGACCGCGCUGAACAGCGACAAUCAUCAAAGGCACAACGCGAUGAGCACCAGCGGAUGCAACAUACAGAACGACGGAACACAUCGUACAGCGACCAGAUGGUGGAGCAGGACACCAGUCAUCCAGUCGUUGGGAGCGGCAUUCGGAACCGCACCCGGCACGCCAUUAACAUGAUCUCUGUCGGCGCGAACUGCCUCGGUUAA